GUCGCCGUGCCGGCACCGCUGUCACGUUGCAGCGCCCUGUGUCAUGCGGGGGGGACGGUCUCUCCAGCCGACGUGCCAGGCACGUCCAAGAAGAUGGAGGCACCAACCUCAUCCAGGCUGAAUUCCCGGAAGAGAAGAAAAGAAGGCCCAGGACCCAACGGAGCAGCAGAGCUGGAUGGAAUCCCAGCAAAAAUGUCCCGCCGCGCCUUCAGUUUGCGGGAACCGGCCCCCUUCUCGGAUGAGAUCGAAAUCGAUUACAGCAAGCCAUACGCCAGAGUGACGUUCGAGGAGGCGCUGAGAGGAACCCCGUUGGAUCGGCCGGUCAGGGUCUACGCUGAUGGGAUAUUCGACUUGUUUCACUCCGGACAUGCCCGGGCUUUGAUGCAAGCUAAGAACCUCUUCCCCAACACAUACCUCAUUGUGGGAGUGUGCAGUGACGAGCUGACCCACAACUUCAAGGGCUUCACGGUGAUGAACGAGAAUGAGCGGUACGAUGCGGUACAGCACUGCCGCUACGUGGACGAGGUGGUGAGGAACGCGCCGUGGACACUCACCCCUGAGUUCCUGAAAGAGCACAGGAUCGAUUUUGUUGCCCAUGAUGACAUCCCGUAUUCCUCUGCUGGCAGCGACGAUGUCUACAAGCACAUCAAAGAUGCAGGCAUGUUUGCUCCCACCCAAAGGACGGAGGGGAUCUCCACGUCGGAUAUCAUCACCCGUAUCGUGCGGGACUAUGACGUCUACGCCCGGCGGAACCUGCAGAGGGGCUACACGGCCAAGGAGCUCAACGUCAGCUUUAUCAAUGAGAAGAGGUACCACCUGCAGGAGCGCGUGGACAAGGUGAAGAAGCGGGUGAAGGACGUGGAGGAGAAAUCCAAGGAGUUUGUGCAGAAGGUGGAGGAGAAGAGCAUCGACCUCAUUCAGAAAUGGGAGGAGAAGUCCCGGGAGUUCAUUGGCAACUUCCUGGAGAUGUUUGGCCCUGAAGGAGCACUGAAACACAUGCUGAAGGAAGGCAAGGGCCGGAUGCUGCAGGCCAUCAGCCCCCGGCAGAGCCCCAGCAGCAGCCCGACGCACGACCGGUCCCCGUCCCCCUCCUUCCGCUGGCCCUUCUCCGCCAAGACCCUGCCGGCCUCGCCGGCCAACUGCGCCAGGAACGAGGCCGCCAUUACCUAUGACAUCAGCGAGGACGAGGAGGAUUAAGUGGCCGGCGGGGGCUGGCUGCCCGUCACGCCUCGUCCGAUCCCAACUCUGACCCCGACGGGGGCUUCACAGCUGAGCAAGAGCGCGAUAGGCACAGGCGGGACUGAUGGCAGGUGGGGGCUUCGCCCGCUCUGAGCAAGGGCUGCUGCCCUGGAAGCACAUUCUCACCUCCCCGCGCCCCUUUUUAUUGUUUACGUCCCAGUGGUUUCCAGGGGGAAAGAUUUUAUUUAAAGAGAAAAAAAUAAGGGUAUUCUUUUAAUCACAGGCUGGCUCUAGGGCUUGCCCCUGUUAACCUCUGCUGGGCGCGGCGGGCAUGGGGAGAAGAGCUGGGGUCUCUUCUCUGACCCACCGCAGUCUUCUGUUGCCCUCCUGGGAAGCAGCCGGCUUGGCUGCUGAGUCCCUUGAGUCGUGGCUGUCCACGGUCCUCAGCCUGGGAGGCGGUGCUGGGAGCAGGAGUGUGGGGGAAAUGCUCUCUCUCUUUUUUUAGUUGUGUAGAGAUGUCUGUGCUGCGCCAGGAACUCCCCAGGUCUCAGAAAAGCUCUUGCUUCUCUUAGCUGCGGUUCCCAGCCUGUCCUAGUCGCGUGGCACAGAGGUCUGAGCCCUCUCACGGUGCCUCUUGUGCGGGGACAGCGCCAGGUUAGAAGACGCUGCAGGACAGACGUGGCCGCACGCUCUAGCAUAGCACGAGCCUAGUCAGCGCAGCAUUCGCUGUUCGAAGGCUGGCUGCAGAAGCCAGGGGGGAAAGGCCUUUGGGGAUCGUUUAAUCAGGCAGGUCUCUGGGAGGAUUGCUGAAUCCCAAGCUAAGAACUUUUUCUCACCCCUGCCCCGCCAUUGUGAGAAGAGCAUUAAUUUUCCUUCCAGGACACCCGCUGUGUCGUCUUGUGUGCGCGUGAGCCCAGCUAGAAGAUGCAAGCUGUUUGCUUCUGCCUUCCCCCCUCCCUCGUGUGUCUGUGUGUUUAAAUUGCCGCAUGCGGAGAGGCAGGGAUUUGGGAGCCAUCUUUCAUACCCGCGUGAUGAAGCCACAGCUGUAAAAAAAAAAAAGCCCUUGGGCUGGCGAGGGGCCGUUCUCUGACAUCAGAGAGGUGCAGGGCGCGUUUUCUCCCAGCGGCAGCUUCGUAUCAAUGUUAAAUCAGCUGCACCUUAAAUGCAGGUGCGUCGCCUCCCGACUGCUUUGGAGGGGCCCCGAAAUAGCCUCAGAGCAAACCACUCCUCUUCGGGUUUUAAUUGCUCGACCCCAACCCGCUCGCUGCCCAGUCUGGUCCCGUGACGUGUUGCCGUCAAGCGCGUAAUAAACGUCUGUGCUGAGCUUUGAAUGUCCCUUGCUACUUAGCAGCAUCUGUAGCGGUGCCAUCUGCGAGCUCCCAUGGGGGUGACUUGGGCAGGUAGGUCGUGGUCCCAGCAGGCUUCUCUCUAAACUGGGAGCCAUCUGGCGGGAGCGGCGUCAGCUGUGAAUCUCCUACGUGUGUGUGUGUGUGUUUUUUCUGCUGGUGUUUGUCCUAGCAUCUCCUAUUCAGAAAGAGUUCCCUAAGCAGAGUGCCCUGGUGCUGGGGAGCUGAUGAUGAGGCCAGGGCAGAGUCUCAAGAGCCAAGGGACGGGCAUUCUCCAAAUCUGGGGUGACUGGUCCACGGAAAUGACAGACAGCCACUAGAGCCGUUGUCCGCAGAAAGAAGCUUCUGUCGAACCUGACCAUCCCCGUCUUCAAAGGGGCUAGCCUUCCUCCAUCUGUCAAGCUGUUCUUCGUGCUGCUGUUGUGAAGGCUUCGUAUGGACGGUUCCUCCCCACCGUGUUGGGUCAGACACACGCACAUGUGCACCUUCAUCCAUGUGUUUCCACUGAAGCAAGGGCAAGCUUUUGGCUGCCUGAAACACCAGCUGGAUUUCGCGCUUGGGCACGUGCUGAGCUGCUGCAGGGGAGCCGUCGCUUUGUUUCCAGCCACAAGAUGGAAGGAAGCACGUUAUUUUUCAUUCUUCGGUAUCUGCGUGACCGAAGAGCACAGGGUGUUUAAUGCCGACGUAUUUCCCCCCGCUCCGUUAGUAGACACUAGAGUCCAUAGGUGAUAUCGCCAGCUGAUCGCACAAUUCGGGGGUCGGGCAGCUUAGGGCCUGGCUGUCACCGUAGGCACAGGGUGAGCAGCAGUAUUCUUUCACUACUGGUGAGUGUUUCUGAUGUCGACCCGCUCCCAAGGCAGCCCACCAGUGGCCCGGCCUCCGCAAGGCCCUGUGUGCCCAGGAUCCGCACAGAGCUGGAUUUAACAAAGCCAUUGGUCGCCAACACCCCUCGCUCCCCCCUUGCACUUUGCACAUGGAGAUGGACGCUCAGCUCCCCAUGCUUAUUGUGGCACGUGCUGAAACAGCAUCAUCUCACCGUUUGCCUGGCACCUUUCACGUGUGGUGCUGAGAGACGGGCAGAGGCAACAGUCUCGCUGUGGCAAAACCUGCAAUGCACUGAGCUGCAGAAGAGACAGGCUGGGUUUCCCACUGUGUUACCUCGUACAGUUUGUUCAGCGCCAUUCAAGCUCUACCUUGACCGCACACGGCCUCUUCCACAGCACGUCACACGAGGCUGGUUAGCCGAACACUACAGAGUGGCAGAGGAGGAGGAGGCUCCAGAUUGGCGCCCUGCAACGCAGAGCCAUCUCCCGGACGCCUCUGCAGUAUUCAGAUGGGAGUCCCUUGCUGCAAAAGCACAAGAGGACAGCAUCGGGCCAGCCCUGAUCCGCAGCCCAAGGCCAUCAGCUUUGAAAGCAAACCCUCGCAAACGGUUUUCAGGUGGGCAGGAAGGAUGGCCACGGCAGGAACGGCAGAUGGUUGAACUGAACUGAAGGCGAAAUGGCUUCAGCUCUACGGCUGUGAUCUUUUGACACUCAGUGGCAUGUAGGUUGGGUUUCAGAAGAAGGCUGGCUCUGGAAGCUGGAUGAAAGGAAGCAGAAUACAUCUGUCCUCCGUUAAUCUCUUGCAGGGACCCCAGACCCAAGCCCUGGGAGGCUCCAUCCCGUUCCUCCAAGCACCCGUCAGUAGGGUUUAUGUUCCAGGGUGCGUUCUUCUCCUGCCUCCUCGGUGACUGUCCCCUUCUCCGUCCCGGUAUAUCUGGAACACGCACAAGGGGGGAUCGUUCUGUGGGGAGCCCAGAUGCAGCCCCUGCUCGUUGGUGCAGACUUCCUCGCUGGACGUACUGCCCACCUUGAACGCGGCCCCUGGGCCCGUCUUGUCCCUCGUUCAGCUCAGUGCGCAGAUAAAGAGCUUUCUCAGAUGCAUGCAGUCCCAUUGCCCAGUGCUGCUGCUCACGUCCUCGAAAGCCGCAUCUGUUGGGAACGUCUCCAGCAAUGCGUCGUCGUAGGAGUCUAACGAACUGCGUGGAACUGAACAAUCUUGUAACUAAUCACGGUGGGGUUAUGGUUUGUCCUGGGCUUUGUCUUUUUCCAGUGAAAAGAACAGGCUCUCCAAAAUACAGCUGCUUGCAAGGUGUCAGAGCAACGGUUUGGUUUUCUUCUCCGGGAGAGCGCUCGUUGGUUUAGUUUUACGGGGGUUAUUUUCCAAAAUGCACAAAAGGGAUGGAGGGAUGUGUUGGCAUCCACAUUUUAAGUUCUGGAUUGUUGUUCUUUAACUUCACCUCUGCUCACGGGGGAGCCAGGAGGCGAUGUGGAUCAAACAGCCUGGGGAUCCCAGUGCUGGAGACCCUCAGGGGUUGUGGCAGCCUAGCUGAGGUCUGCUGCCACGCUGGGUCCACACGAGAGGGGCGGGCGGCUUCUCUCGCCAGUCGCGUCUCUGCAGCCGGGGGUGUCCCCUUCUCAGUCAGUGUUCACCGUCUCGGUUUCCAUGUGUGCAUCACUGGCUUGUUCUUGACUUGGUUUCUGACUUUUAUGUUUAGCCCAAUAAACACAAAGUAAUUUUACCCAACCCCUCCGCCUCUGACGCCUCCUUCGGCU